CUAUUCACAAAUUAAACGGACGAAAAAGAAAAAAGAAAAAAAUUCUCCAGAUCUCUCAGAAACACAGAAUCAAAAUUUCACGAAAUUUACAACAAAAAUCAAUCAAAAUUUUAAGAUCGAUCCAAAAUUCAAUCUAAAUAUUUUAGGUUUUUUUCUUUUUUUCUUUUCUGAUUUAAACUCGACCGUAAAUUUCUAGGGGGUGACUAAAUGAACGAUCAGUCGUCGCAGAUGAUGAAUCAACCGCCGCCGCCGAUGAUGAGCCAGCCGCAGAUUAUGAGUCAAAAUCAGGUAAUGAAUCCGGUUCAACUGAACCAGAAUCCGGUCCAGUUGAACCAGAAUCCUGCUGUUAUGAACCAGGCACAGCCUUCUUUGAUGAUGAUGAAUCAAAGAAGCUACAAUCCGUGGCCACAGCAACAGCAGCAGCAGCAGCAACAACAGUCUUCAAUGGAUCCGUUUCAGAAUCAACAAUUACAGAACCACCCUUUGAAGUUCAAUAAUAAUAUGAUUAACAAUAACUUUGUUCCAUCAAAGCCUAGAACCAACUGGAAGGGCAAAAAUGUCAACAACAAAGAGCAGAGAAGAAUGGAAAAGCCUAUUAUGAUGUCUAAUAACCCUAAUACUGGUGGUGGUUAUAAGCCUCCUAGUCUUAAUGACCUCCAAACCCAGAACCGAAUGAAAGCUAGAAAAUACUAUCACCCAAAGAAAAAAUUCAACAAUAGAUUCUUUGCUCCUUACGCCCCGCGAAAUACAACGUCUUUCAUUAUUCGUGCUAAGAAAGCUGGUGGUAUUGCUUCUUUGGUAUCUCCAUGUCCUGUCACUCCUGCUGUUUUGCCUACGCCAAUAUUUUCGCCUUCCAGAGAAGUAUUGGGUGAUAUGGCUAAAGAAGAAUGGGGGGUUGAUGGAUAUGGUUCCAUGAAGGGUCUGAUUCGAUUAAGAUCGCCUGGUAAUGAUGCUGAUGAUGAAGAUGAGGAGGGGAAUGGGUCUAGUGAGAGUGAUGUGGAAGAGCAUGUUGAGGUUGAGAGAAGAUUGGAUCAUGAUUUGAGUAGGUUUGAAAUGAUUUAUCCCACAUAUGGUGCUAGUGGUGGAGAUUAUAGUUAUAAUAAUGUUUUGGAGAAUAGAGUUGAUGAUCAAGAUACCCAUAUAGCACAAUUGGAAGAAGAGAACUUGACUUUGAAAGAGAGGCUGUUUUUGAUGGAGAGGGAGUUGGGUGAUUUGAGGAGGAGGAUGCAGUUCUUGGAGAGAAAGCACGGACAGGGUAGCGGUGUUGUUGAAGAUGUCAAUGAGGAAGUUGUGGAAAAUGUUUCCGAGAAUGAGAGUGAUGGAGGUUCAGACGUUGGUGCUGCCGGGGAUGAGAAUAAUGAGGAGGUGAUGGAUUAUGUUGGUGGAAAUGUCAGUAAUGAUGUUAAGGAGACUCAUGAUGUUUGUAUGGAAGAAACUGCACCAAAGGAUGAUGAAUUAAAGUGUAAAAGUGCAGGAAAUGAGUUUGCAAUCAUAGAUAAAGUGAGUGUGAAGGAGGAUGAGGUGAAAGGUGAAGAAGUGAGGAAUGUGAAGGAGGAUGAUGUGAAAGGUGAAGAAGUGACGAAUGUGAAGGAGGAGGAUGUGAAAGGUGAAGAAGUGAGGAAUGACGUAACGGGAGACCUGAUUGCAAAAGAGGAGGAGUUGAUGAAGAAGGAUGAGUCGAGAAGUAAAGUUAUUUAGGGCAAGAUGGCUAUCUAGAAGGAUGAUCACAAGGAUGAAGAAUUGAGCUUAGAGAAGAGCAUUGGCAGCGGUGACUAAUCUAAUUGUCCCGCGUUAUUAGCUUUUUGCAUGGCUGUCCUUCACAUGGCAUAGAAAUGAAUUUAUGAAACUAAAGAAUUGUGAAGCUUACUCAUAUGUUCCAGUCAUGGAGAAUCUGAGACCAAAUAUGAUGUCAACCAAGAACUUCAGCUGCCCAUUCUUUUUAAUGAUCUAAAAAGCAAGUCCAGAAAGAAAGAGGCAAGUCAAAUUCAAAUGAUAUGAUCAGCCCGGAUGAUUACAUUCAAGUGAAAGGAUUUCUCCAGGGGAUGCAGCCAUUGCUGUCCGUGUCAAAUAAUUGCAACUUUCAUUGUAUACCUGCUUGCCCAUAAGGCCAUUUCCAGCGUUCUCUAUCCAACUAUCUGUUUCUGUCUGCAGCACGAGAAUAUGAUUAGUUGGGCAGUGCACAAAGUAAAACCCAAUUUUGGGUUACAGUGUGAUACAUACAGAUUAAGAAUUUCAACUGAUACAAUUAUCUCCAGUCACCUGUGAACUCCAUAUCAUUUGCCAUUCUCCUUCAAGAAGUUCUAUCUCAUCUGUCGCUACCUUCUGAUUUGCUUCUACGAACUCAUCAAUUGCCUGUUAUCAGAAGUAAAGAACAACAAUGCAGAUAGGAGCAACCGAAUGCUGCACAAGCUAGCAAUCCGAACAUGUUUGAUCUGAUUUUACCUCUUUGACUUUUGUUCCUGUUGAAAUGGCUGCAAGUAAUGCUUGCCUCGGUUCAGUUCUCUUUUGCAGCACAAAUGUGGUGCCCUGCACUAUACAAAACAUUGCUGUGUGUCUUUAGUUGAGCAUUUACACUUCAGCCUACAGGUUCUGUAUAGACACAAAUGGAGAAGGCUCAGUCACUAUGACUGAAGUCCUGUAGUUUACCUUAUUUCCUCUUGA